AUGGCCAGGAGCAAGGGCACCCUCCGCACAUGGCUAGCCUGCCCGGGGCUGCUGGGCUGUUUCUUGCUGGGCUUUCUUGCAGGGUGGUUUACAAAACCGACCGAAAAAAACCUCAGCUCUUCAGAUGUCUAUGAAAAUGUGCGACAGAAACUUGUGGCUGAAAUGAAAGCAGAAAACAUCAAGCAAUUCCUUCGCUCAUUUACCAAGUUGCCUCACCUCGCAGGAACUGAACAGAAUCUUCUUCUUGCCAAACAAAUUCAAGGCCAGUGGAAGGAAUUUGGAUUGGAUUCAGCAGAACUCGUUCAUUAUGAUGUGCUUCUUUCGUAUCCAAAUGAAACGCAGCCAAACUACAUCUCAGUAAUUGAUGAUCAAGGGAAUGAGAUUUUCAAUACAUCACUGUUUGAACCAGCUCCACGGGGAUAUGAAAAUGUUACUGAUAUACUACCACCAUAUAAUGCUUUUUCAGCACAAGGAUUGCCAGAGGCAGAUCUGGUGUAUGUGAAUUAUGGCCGUACCGAAGAUUUUUUCAAGCUCGAGCGUGAAAUGGGAAUUAACUGUACAGGAAAGAUUGUCAUUGCCAGAUACGGGAAGAUCUUCAGAGGAAACAAAGUUAAAAAUGCCAUAUUAGCAGGAGCUCAAGGGAUCAUACUUUAUUCAGACCCUGCUGACUACUGUGCCCCAGGAGUAGAUGCUUAUCCAGAUGGCUGGAACCUUCCAGGUGGAGGAGCCCAGCGUGGGAAUGUGUUAAACCUGAAUGGAGCUGGGGACCCUCUAACACCAGGUUAUCCUGCAAAAGAGUAUACUUACAGGUAUGAAGUUAAUGAAGGUGUAGGGAUUCCCAAAAUCCCAGUUCAUCCUAUUGGAUACCAUGAUGCAGAAGUAUUAUUACGUGCAAUGGGAGGACCUGCAGCUCCAGACAGCAGCUGGAAAGGAAGUCUCAAUGUGUCUUAUAACAUAGGGCCAGGAUUUGCAGGCAAUUCUUCUACAAGGAAAGUCAGAAUGCAUGUUCAUACAAAGAAUAAUAUAACACGGAUUUACAACGUCAUUGGCAUUCUCAGAGGAGCUGUGGAACCAGACAGAUAUAUUAUUUUAGGAGGUCAUAGAGACUCUUGGGUAUUUGGUGGUAUUGAUCCAACUACGGGUGCAGCUGUUCUGCAAGAGGUUGUACGGAGCUUUGGUAAAAUGAAGAUAAAAGGUUGGAGACCUAAGCGAACUAUUAUUUUUGCUAGCUGGGAUGCAGAAGAAUUUGGAUUAUUGGGUUCCACAGAAUGGGCUGAGGAAAAUGCCAGAGUCCUCCAGGAACGGGCAGUUGCUUACAUCAACACAGAUUCUUCUAUAGAAGGUAACUACACAUUGAGAGUUGACUGCACCCCUCUUCUCUACAAACUGGUGUAUCAUCUGACAAAAGAGAUUUUAAGCCCUGAUGAGGGUUAUGAAAAUAAGUCUCUUUAUGACAGUUGGCUUGAGAAAGACCCUGCAACUGAAAAUAAUAACUAUCCCAGAAUAAACAAACUGGGAUCAGGCAGUGAUUUUGAAGCUUACUUUCAGCGACUGGGAAUUGCAUCAGGCAGAGUCCGUUAUACCAAAAAUAGGAAAGCAGACAAAUUCAGCAAUUAUCCUGUUUAUCACACUGUGUAUGAGACCUUUGAGUUAGUGGAAAAAUUUUAUGACCCCACCUUCAAGAAACAGCUAACAAUUGCCCAGUUACGAGGCAAACUGGUUUAUGAACUGGCAGACUCCCGGGUCAUUCCGUUCGACUGCAGAGAUUAUGGAGAAGCCUUAAAAGGAUAUAGCAAUAGAAUUUAUAAAUUGGCCAAGAAACAUGAAGAACAGCUGAAAUCUUACAAAGUAUCAUUUGAUCCUCUUUUUUCCGCUGUGAUGAACUUCUCAAAGGCUGCUACUGAAUUUCACAGGAGACUUGAACAAGUUGACAAGAAAGAUCCAGUUGCAGUGCGAAUCAUGAAUGAUCAGCUGAUGUUUCUAGAAAGAGCUUUCAUUGAUCCUCUUGGCUUACCAGGACGGAAGUUUUACAGACACGUCAUCUUCGCUCCAAGCAGUCACAACAAGUACGCUGGAGAGUCCUUCCCGGGGAUCUACGACGCCAUGUUUGAUAUUGAAAGCAAAGCUGAUCAGCAUGAAGCCUGGGAAGAAGUUAAGAGGCAGAUUUCCAUCGCAGCCUUCACUGUGCAGGCAGCAGCAGGGACACUGAAAGAAGUAGCGUAG